AUGGUUGGUUCGCGUGUAGCUAUAAUUGGCGCAGGCUCUGUUGGAGCUACUAUUGCAUAUGCUCUAUUGUUGAAAAAGAUAACAUCAGAACUUGUCCUCGUUGAUAUUGUCGAGGAGACUGCUAGAGGACAAGUUCUCGACUUGUCGGAUGCCGGCUUUGUUACUUCUACUCGGAUACGUCAAGGUAAUUUCCAGGAGGCUGGCCAAUGUGACAUCGUAAUUGUUACCGCUGGCGCUAAGCAAAAACCAAAUGAGACUAGAGUCGAGUUAAUAGAAAGAAAUUACCAGAUUUUAUCAAGUGUGAUCUCUAAGAUGAAGCCGUUAAAUCCUAAUAUCAUUUUGUUAAUAGUCGCCAAUCCGGUUGAUAUUCUCACAUAUAUUGCUCAGCAAUUGUCCGGACUACCUAAGAAUCAAGUAUUCGGAUCGGGUACGUUUCUAGAUUCUGCUCGAUUGAGAUUGGAGUUGGCAAACAUACUAAAGGUAUCGGAGACUGCAAUUCAUGCUUAUGUGCUGGGAGAGCAUGGUGACUCUCAAUUUAUCGCGUGGUCAUCUGCACAUGUAGGCGGUAAACCAUUGCUCGAUUUUCCUGAAAUGCAAACGGUGGAUAAAGAAAAAUUGGCCAAAGAUAUUGCCAGAAAGGCAUAUGAAAUCAUUAAUCUGAAGGGUUCCACUUACUUUGGUAUUGCAGGGUGUGUAUCGUCAUUGGUUCAGGCUAUUGCAUUCAAUGAGCGAACUGUCAAGCCGCUGAGUAUUUACGUUGAAGAGUUUCAAUGUGUGCUUGGUAUGCCAGUAGUGUUGGGCAGUUCUGGCAUCGAGAGAAUAAUCGAUGUAUUUCUGAAUGCGGAUGAAAAAGCCAGACUACAAAAAUCCGCUGCAGAGUUGAGUGCUAUUUGCAAAAAGUAUGCUUGA